UCGAACACAUGCAUGCAUACAUUGAGUGUUGUCCAUAGAUAUCAUUCUGCAUACACAAACACGAAUCACAUGUUGAAAUUCUGUUUGUUGCAAAAUGGCUUGUCGAUUAUUCGUUUCGAAAAAUAUUUCCAAUCUAUUGGCAAUAUCAAGGCCAUCAGUCAUAUAUUCACAACAGAUUCGUGGUCGAAAAAUGUGGCGAACAUUACCGGAUUUUUCACAUAUACCAAUGCCACCAAUUGAGGAACGUACAUUAAUACCGAUGAGUCCGGUACCAAACUGGCAUGGUAUCGAACCACGUAAAUCAUCACGUCGUUUGGCUGAUAUUCGCGGUCCAGAAUUAAUCAAUAAUGAUCUUAUUUAUGGGCAAUUCGGUAUAAUGGCUGUUUCUGGUGCCCAUUUCACCAUUAAUCAUAUUAAUCUUAUUCGUGAUGUUAUUAACAAACAUAUGGAUGUUAAAAAAAUGUUUGCCGUAUGGCGUAUAGAAUCGCCUUGGAAACCAGUGGUGAAAAAGGCUCAAGGAAAGCGAAUGGGUGGUGGUAAAUCACCUAUACACCACUAUGUGACCCCGGUAAGAGCUGGAUCGGUUAUCGUCGAAGUCGGUGGACAUAUUGAAUUGGAUGAUUGUGCCUAUUUCCUUGAAUCAAUUGUUUCUCGAUUACCAUGCGAUGCUUUUGUUAUAUCGAAAGAAAUUCUGGAACAAUGGAAACAAGAAGAAGAUGAAAUUGAAAGAAAAAAUAUAAAUCCGAUCAAUUAUGAACGAGUAGUUAAAUUGAAUAUGAAUGGCUGCCACAAUUGGAUUAGCCCAUACGAUCAUAGAUGGUUUAAUAAGUACACCUAA